UUUUUUUUUUUCUCCGCUUGCACUCGAACGCGUCUCGGGCAAACUGCAGCGUGCAUGGCGACCCGCUCGGUAUUUGGCGUCGAUUAGUGGUUUUGUCCCUCCGGAGAGGAGGAAAUGUGGACGAGCGAGCAGGGCUUGUUGGCGGACCGGUAGCCGGUGAAUGGAGGUCACAGCAGACUCCGAGUGAGACACAAGAGGAGAGGGGAGGAGAGGGGAGGACGGACAGCGGCUAUCCGCCUUCAAAAAUGGCGUCUCCGGAGGAAAAUGAGUAAAAAAAAAAAUAUUUAAACGCGGCCUAUUUCUCUACACUUCCUCGUUUGGCUUUUAUUUUUUUAUCCUUCGUGUUCUCGCGUCGCCUUUUUGAAUCUUAAACGACCCGGUUGCUGCUAUUAUUCGGGAGGCCUUGGGAGAAAAGCGAGGGGGGGAAUAAAAGCAGCCGUUUUAUUUUGGUGCGUCGUCGCUGACAGCUAGCAUCUGCUGCUAGCUCCGCUCCGGAGGAAAAGGGGGGGUGGGAACCAUUUAGAGCAGCAGCAGGAGGAGGAGGAGGAGGGGGGGGGGAGAGAGAAAAGAAGAAGAAGAAGAGGUUUUCAAAUUGGGGAUUUUCUUUUUGCUCGUCCAUGGGGGAAUGAUUGCUACCAACGUGGCCCCGUCGAUUGCUAUCUUUUCUAGAGCUAGCAUCAGCGUAGCCGGAGCUAGCCUGAAGAAAGGGGGAGGAGAGACGGCGGAAAAAGGGACGCGUUCAAGGCAAAUGUUUAAAAGCAAUUCGCCCAUCGGCGAGCAAAUCCGCGGCAUCUUCAUCAUGACCGUGACCGGAUUCGGAGCGAGGAAAUGAUAAAGGGAGAGGAAAAGGUGAAAGACUGGCUUUUUCUGGAGGCGCUUGGAUUGUAACCCCGUCAGACCCCCCUCUUUUUUUUUUUUUCUUCUUCUCCAAUCCAGCUUUCUCCUCCUCCCCACCAUUUCUCUUUCAAUAUGCUGUUUUCCACUCCGGAGGACUCGCUUAUGAAACCGGGGAAAAUAGCUUGAAAAGCGAGAACGUGGAAAGGACUGGAUUUCUCGUCGCUUUCACCACCACCCCGUCCCCCACCACCCCGUCCCCCGAUCGCACGGUGCACCGUAACCGCGUCCUAAAUGGAUAGGAAUUACCCGGGAACAGGAUUUGGCGAUUUGGGCGCAGGAGCGGGAUGGAGCUACGACAGGACGGCGAAAAGCCUGGUUUAUGGCAGUUCCAGAUCAUCCCACCCUGACUCUGAGCUCCUCCACAGACAAGCCUACUCCACCCCACACCCUCUGCAGGGCUAUGCCACCAAUCACCACCCAGGGAGCUCUGGCCAAGGCGGGGCUUGGGGAGCAGCUGGACGGAGUUUGGGUCUGUCUGGGCUUUUCGACACGGGCCUGCACCACGCCAGCCCUUCUGCUCCCGACGCCUCGGUGAUGAACCUGAUCUCCGCCCUGGAGUCCCGAGGUCCCCAGCCCCCGCCCUCCGCCUCCUCCCUCCUCUCUCAGUUCCGCACGCCAUCCUGGCAGACAGCGAUGCACACGCCUGCCCCCCCUGAACUGUUCAUCUCCGGAGCCCUUCCCGGCUCUGGGUCCUUCCCCUCCUCUUCAGCGCUGUCGGCCUAUCAACAUCCGGCGUCCUUCUCCAGUCGCUCCUUCCCCGCGGCCUCCCUCUCCCUCCAGGACACGCCCACAUUCAGCCCCACCUCCAACGGGCUGCUCUCCCCCCACGACCCCCUGAUACACAUCAAAGCGCCGUCCCAGUCCAGCCUGGGCUUCGACAGACUCCUGUCCUCGCAGGGCGCCGCCGCCGCCGCCUACAGGGGCAGCCAGGACCCCACGGGCGCCACGUCGGCCCAGGCGUCGUCCGCCCGGCACCUGCAGUCGCACCAGUUCAACCUGCUGUCGUCUCAGCUCCAGGAUCAGUCCUCGCAGCUGUACAACCCGUCGGUGUUCUCCUCGGCCCAGCCGCAGCCCCAGUCCCAGUCGCAGUCCAACGCGGCCCAGGAACGCGCCAUGCCGCGGCAGGACAGCGUCAUCAAGCACUACCAGCGGCCCACGCCCGCCCAGUCGCAGCUCUCGUCCUCGGCCGCUCACUCGCUCCAGCACUACCUGAGCUGCGGCGGGGCGGGCUACCAGCAGAUCGCCACCCACCACAGGCACGCCGGCCUUCCCUGCAGUCCGCUGGGCGACCAGAGCCCCUCCUCGGACCACAAGCCCGCCUCUCGCACCGAACAGUAUCGACCCAUCAUCCAGCCUCCCUACUCCUCAUCUUCCUCCUCGUCUUCUUCCUCGGCGGGAAAGGGCACGAAAAGCAGUUCCAGCAGCGGCUAUUCUUCGGGCAGCUCUGCGUCGUCGUCGCGAACUCCUCACACGCCCCCCUCCGCCUCCUCCACCUCCUCUUCCUCGUCGUCGUCUUCCGCGACGUCGGGCGCUCACCCUUCAAACUCCAUCCCCACCUCCAGCUCCAGCGCGGCGCCGUCUCGGCAGCAGCCGCCCCCCCAGCCUGCCCCGCCGCCCCCAACCCCGCAGCAGCAGCAGCCCCCCUCCACCUCCACCUCGGCUCCCCAGUCUCUCCCCAAAUCCUGCCUUUCUGGCUACGGGUCCCCCGUUCCCCCGGUGAAGACCCCCACCUCCGCUCUCACUGGCCAGACGCCGCCUCAGCAACAGACUCAGUCGUACUCCCCUAACCAGCCCCCUACGUCCCACCUGGGGCCGUCCUAUGGAGGCUUUAACUCGCCACAAGCCCAGGACCUGAGCUCUGGGACGGGCGGCAAAGGGUACGGCAGCUUAGGCGGGCGGAGCCAUUCGUAUUCCACCGACCUGUACGGAGCGGAUUCCGCAUACGGGUCCCUGCCCUCCUCUCUGGGCGGAGCCGGCAGCCCGUCGCUCGGCUACGGCGCCCCCGGUCACUCGCCGGCCCUCCUGAGGUCCAGCGGCUCAUCGGGCAGCGGAGCGUCUGGCGGAGGGAGCAGCGGCGGCGGCGGGAGCGGGACCUCCGGGUCAGGAGGAGCGACGGGAGGCAGCAUGAGCAGCGAGAGAGGCGGGGGAGGCAGCGGUGGGGGCUCCUAUCAUAUCCCAGACUCAAGCCCCUCUCCGUCGGGCAACUCUGGCAUCAUCCGGCCGGGGCUGCACUCCCCCGUGCCCACCUGUCCCACGCAGUCUCCGGGCGGCGCUGGCUCCAAUAAGUACAUCCCCUCCGUCCUCUCGCCCACGUUCCUCGCCUCCCCCCAGGCGUACCCCGACACCAGGGGCCCCGCCUCCCAGCCGCAGCCGUAUCACUCCGGCUCCUCCAAAGCCAAGCCCGACGGCUCCAUGAUGGGCGUGGGCUCCCAGCGGUCCCAGGAGGAAGUGGACGACGACGACGAGUUCUUGAUUCAGCACCUGCUGCAGGCCCAAGCGAGCCCCGCCCCCCAGGCGGCCCACCACCACGCUCAGCAGCCGCCGCAGCAGCCGCCGCAGCAGAGCCAGCCGCCGCCGCAGUCGGUGCCGCCGACCAGCGACUCGGGCAAAGGGAUGAGCUACGACAUGGGCAAGACGCCCGAGGAGCGGUACCACCCACAGAGCGUCAUCCGUACGCACAGCGCCACGUCCGCCGCCGGCGUUGGAAACGCGGGUUCUGGAGGGUCCAUCUCCGGGCUGGACAGCCAGCUGGAGAUGUCGCUGAAGAAGCAGCAGCAUCACCACCACCAGACGCAGCAGCAGCAGCAGCAACGGGGCGACCGAUCUGUUGGCAGCAGCAGGAACGGCAACGGACGAGGCAGCGGCGAGCAAGUGCACUCGCACCUGCACCACCACGACGGCCUCGGCUCCGUCGUUCACUACGGCCGGGGCGACCCGUACACCCAGCACUCGCUCGCCGCGCAGCACCCCUCGCAGCACGGCCAGCACGUGUCGUCGCAUCCUCAGAUGCCCCCGCACCAGAUGGAGCUCCAGAAGAAGCCGCAGGACCGCGGCGACAUCCCGUACCCCCGGAAAACGCCGGAGCUGCAGCAGCAGCAGCAGCAGCAGCAGUCCCAGGCCGCCGUGUCCCUCAUGGACUCGCCCACAGACCAGUCCCGCCAGCCGCCCCACCUGCUCCAGUCGGUGCUGUCGCACACCACCCGCAACAAGCUGGAGCCCCACCAGCCGCACCACAAGAUGGACUCCCACCGCCAACACCAACAGCACCAGAAGAUGGAGUCCCAUCCUCAGCAUCAGCAGCACCAGAAGAUGGACUCCCAUCAGCACCCGCAGCACCACAAACUCGACUCUCAUGCGCAGCACCAACAGCACCAUAAGAUGGACUCCCACAGCCAGCAGCAGCAGCAGCAGCACUCCAUCAGCCAGCAGCAGGCUGUGAUGGAGGGCGGCGGCGGGCGACUCGGCUCCAGCAAGCACCAGACCCAGUCCCAGACCACCCAGCUGCAGCUGCAGCUGCAGUCCCAGGCGCUGGAGGUGGCGGCGGCCCACUACAACCACGGCCCCCACCAGCACGACCAGGGCCAGGUCAAACAGAGCUCGGUGGUGUCGUCCCUGGACAUGCUGGAGCGCUCCCUCUCUCAGAGCUCCGGCGCAGACGAGGACCGGCGCGGCGGACCGGGGAGCGCGGGGAGGAGCGGCGGCGGGGGCGGCGGCGGCGAGCGCCACCGGCAGCAGCAGGAGCCGCAGAGGCAGCACGCCCCCCACCAUCAGCCGCAGCAAGCCCACCACUCGGCCCCCGAGCUCCACUCCUUCCUGACGGAGCCCGACAUCGGCCUGUCCACGCCGUCUCACAUGCACCACCUCUCGCAGCAUCACGCCCAGCAGCAGCAGCAGCAGCAGCAGCAGCACCACCUCCCCCCCCACCACAUCCCCGCGCCCCCCGCCCAGGCUCAGCCCGACCCGCAGCAGAGCCAGCUGGACCAGCAGCGCUCCGAGCAGCACCAGUUCGACACCGUCAGUCCGGUGGAGAAGGCGGACCAGAACCAGCAGGGCAACCGCUUCGUGCCCCUGACCUCCAUCUGCUUCCCGGACUCCCUCCUCCAGGACGAGGACCGCUCCUUCUUCCCGGUGAUGGAGGACAUGUUCUGCACGGAGGACUACAAGUCCAGCUGCGCCGGCGGCGCCGGUCCGGGGCAGGAGGAGAUGAACGACAGCCACCCGGGCCAGGAGGGCAUGGACUCCAUGAAGGGCGGGCAGAGCGCGGGGGGAGCUGCGGGGAGCGGCGGCCCGGGCUACAACAUGAUGGGCCACCAUGGCGGGGACCAGGCGUAUGAGCAGUACUGCCACGGCCUGGAGGAACCCAGCAACAACACCAUGACGCUGGACCUGGACUCUCUAAAGACCCACGAGCUCCCCUCCACGGUCAACACCGAGCAGCUGGGUCUGAUCCAGUCUCAGGCGCCGGCCAUGGGCAUGGGCUCCAACGCGGCCGGACCCAACAACACCGGCGCUAAGAUGUCCUCCGGUCCUGGAGGAGCCGGCUCAGGAGGCGGGUCCGGAGGCCUCCAGUCUCCCAUCUUCUGCUCGUCCCGUCCCAAGAAACUCCUCAAGUCCAGCUCGUUCCACCUGCUGAAGGAGCGCCGGGACCCCAACACACUACCGAAGAAGAGUUACGCCCAGGAAUACGAGUUUGAGGACGACGAAGAUAAAGCCGACCAGCCGGCGGACAUCCGGCUGAACAGCCGCAGGCUGCCCGACCUCCUGCCCGAUCUGGUGUCCAGCUGCAGGAAGGGAGGAGGAGGAGGAUCGCUGAGCCCUUUGAUGGGCGACAUCGACUUUUACCACUCCUCUGGCUACUCCUCCAUGGGUUCCCACUCCAUCCUUCCUCCGGACGGGCCCAAGAAGAGGGGCCGCAAGCCCACCAGGCCCAAAAGAGAGGGCCCCCCGAGGCCGAGAGGCAGGCCACGCAUCCGCCCCAUGCCGGAGCCCUACACGCCCCGCGGCAUGAUGGGGGAAAUGGGUGGAUCCACAGUCGGAGGGGGAUUCAGCGUGGAGGGCCGAGGCAGGGGCAGAGGGCGCGGAAGCCGAGGCAGAGGAGGAGGAAGGAGGGAGGAUAUGUACAUGGAGAUGAGCGGGAAGGAGCAGGACCAGAUGCACUCGCAUCACCUGCAGCAGCAGCAGCAGCAGCUCCACCACCAGCAGCAGCAGCAGCAGCAGCAGCAUGAGCCCAUCCCGCCUCUGAAGAUCAAGUUGCCAGUUGGGACCCUGUCCUCCUCUGACGCCUUGCUGAGGACAGACUCGCUGUCUGGCACCGACCCGGCUUUGUCAGACGGCUCGGUUGGCUCGGCUCCCUCGCUGGGUUUGAGUCCUGGCCCCCCCUGCAGCACGGAGAGCACCAGGAGCCAGGACAAGAACAAGCAGAAAAGCCAGAUGAUGAGCGAAGGCGUGGAUGAAGAGGGACUGGAUGAGAGGGGAGAUGAGAAGGACUCGGAGUCCAAAGCGGGCUUCGUGGCCUCCUUCCUGGACUUCCUAAAGACGGGGAAGAGGCCGCCGGGGUUGGACAUCUCGCCAGGAAUGGAGCACGACAACGGCGAGACGUCGCCCUGUAAAGCAGGGGGUCUGCGCCCCCUGUCUCCGGCGCCGCCUCCCCCGCCGCCGCCGCCUCCCUUCGGGGACGGUGAGGGCAACGGGGGACUGGCGCUUGGCAACUGCCCCAGCCCCAAGCGCCUGGAGGAUGAGCUAAAAGCGACCUGGAGGACGUUGCCGUCGUUCUCGUCCGACGAGGAGGAUUCGGUGGGGAAGAACCAGGACCUCCAGAAGAGCAUCUCCUCGGCCAUUUCGGCUCUGUACGACACGCCUCAGCUGACGUCGAACCUCCAGGCCCCUCUGCCUCCGCCGCCUCCUCAGCCCCAGACUCAGCCCAUUCAGGCCUCGCUCUCCCCCGCCAUGCAGCCGCCCACGCUGAGUCCACAGCCCGCCGUGCAGAGCGCACACUCCCAGGCCGAGUCUGACGAACCGGACGUCCUUCCGCCAGAAGACGGGGACAUGGAGGAGGCCAAGGAGGAGGAGAACGAGGAGGAGAGGAGUACGGGAGGGGAGGAGGAGCCGGAUAUAACGGAGGAGAUGGAGCCCCAGCUGGAAACUCUGGGAGCGCCUAAACUUGAUG